UGCUGCUCGGUCGUUUUGUUCUCGUAAUGUUCCCAUUAUUAGUAUAGAGGAAAUAUGUCUGAUCCCGAAAGAUGUGGACAUGGCAAAACUGCACUCUUGCCUCGAUCUUUCCGUGAAGUAUAAAGGAAAGACGUACACCAAUUCUAUUGGCUGUUUCACCAUUCUGGGUAUGUUGGUUCAAGAUCGCAUCGGCACUGCUUUUGUUUCAGCUGGUGAAGACGGUAUUCCCAUCAAUGAUAGUAGAACAUAUGGCUUUGAUGAUUCCCCUGAAGUCGUGGACGAUGAUAUUGACGGGAGCGCAAUUUGUCACAAGGGAAUAUGCAAGAUUUGUAAAACUUACACACAUUGUAAAGCGUGUGUAAUUGCAAAGGCCGUAAACAACGCGAUGGAAGUAAAGCUGGUUGCGGGCAGACAUGAAGUUGUAAAAGGGAAGAUAACAAACAAUACGGAUGUCUCCUUCUGUAUUCAUCACGUCAGGAAGCACACUGACAUCAAAUCUGUCUGUAUUGUUGCCAGGAACAUCAGUAUGAAAAAUCUGUCAGCCUGCGUCAACAUCACAGCUCAGGUAAAACAGAGCAUAAUCAACGAGUCAUUUGGUUGUUUCAAAAUACCAAACAAAGCUGACGCAAUACAGCCGUUAGUCUCUCUCGACUCUGAGGACAUCGAUGUGGUAGCGGAUUAUCCUGACUCUGAGGACAUCGAUGUGGUAGCGGAUUCGUUCGGCCCUGACGGCGAUGAUGCCGAGUCUGAUACUCUCGAGUUAGACGUGUUCAGUCCAUUUGGAGUAGAGGACAUUUAUCCUUCAACAAGGCCCCAGAAAGCGAUGCUGACCUUGUUGAAAAGUCUGCAAGAAAAAACGGCAAUGUAACGAGGACGAAUUGUUUUUGA